UAGAAGGUCGAGAUCAAUCCAGAUUGUUUAUUCCCCUCACCGCUCGUUCGCACUGAGCCGCUCUCGCGCUGCGCGAUAUGUGUUCGACCAAAUGCCGCCUCCGCCUCCUCCUCCCCCUCCCCCGCCGCCACCUCUCCACCGCGCCGGCGACGAGCCACCGGAAUAAGAUACCGGCGGACCCAUCCCGUACGGAGCGGCCUCGUCCAGACCCUGGCUCCGGGGACUCCGCGAGGCACCAUGAGGCAACCGUCAGGAGGCUGGCCGCGGCGGGCGACGUGGACGGCGUCCAGUACGCGCUGCAGGAGAUGCGGCUGCGCGGGGUGGCGUGCACCGAGGACGCCCUCGUCGCGGCCAUCGGCGCCUUCGCCCGCGCCGGCUCCGCGGACCGCGCGCUCAAGACGUUCUACCGCGCCAGCGACCUCGGCUGCCGCGACCCCGGCGUGCGGGUCUACAAUCACCUGCUCGACGCGCUGCUCAGGGAGAACAUGGUCGGGGCGGUCGUGCCGGUGUACGACAACAUGAGGAAGGCCGGCGUCGAUCCCAACGUGUACACUUACAACCUGCUCAUCAGGGCGCUGUGCCAGAACGACCGGGUCGAUGCCGCGCGCAAGAUGCUCGAUGAAAUGUCCAGGAAGGGGUGCCACCCGGACGAGGUGAGCCAUGGGACGAUAGUUUCGGGUAUGUGCAAGCUUGGCAGGGUGGAGGAGGCCAGGGGAUUCCUGGCUGAGACGGUGCCGGUGCAAGCGUCGUACAACGCUGUCGUUCACGCGCUUUGUGGAGAGUUCAGGAUGUGGGAAGUGUUCUCGGUUGUCAACGAGAUGGUGCAGAGGGGAUUGCAACCAAAUGUCGUCACUUACACCACUAUAGUCGACGCAUUUUGCAAGGCCAGGGAGCUGAGGAUGGCUUGUGCCAUUUUGGCUAGGAUGGUAAGCAUGGGAUGCACUCCAAAUGUUCUCACAUUUACUGCGUUGGUGAAAGGGUUUUUUGAGGAUGGAAAGGUACAUGAUGCACUUUCUAUGUGGCAUUGGAUGGUGGAUGAAGGAUGGGCUCCAUCAACAAUCUCUUACAAUGUUCUCAUCCGUGGCCUUUGCUGCAUUGGUGAUUUGAAAGGAGCAUUAGAUUUCUUCAACAGUAUGAAAAGAAAUGCCCUCCUUCCCAACGCGACUACCUAUUCUACGCUUGUUGAUGGCUUUUCUAACGCUGGAGAUCUGGAUGGCGCCAUGCUGAUAUGGAAUGAGAUGAAAAGUUCCGGUUGCAAGCCAAAUGUUGUUGUUUACACGAACAUGAUCGAUGUGCUUUGCAAGAAGAUGAUGUUUGACCAAGCAGAGAGUCUUAUUGAUAAGAUGUUAAUGGACAAUUGUCCUCCUAACACCGUGACAUUCAACACGUUGAUUGGAAGGCUGUGCGAUUGUGGAAGAGUUGGGAGAGCAUUGAAUGUGUUUCAUGGGAUGAGAAGGAAUGGAUGCCAUCCAAAUGAUAGGACUUACAACGAGUUGCUUCAUGGCCUUUUCAGAGAAGGAAAUCACAAAGACGCUUUUGCAAUGGUGAUUGAGAUGCUUAACAAUGGGUUUGAGUUAAGUCUAGUAACUUACAACACAGUGAUUAAUUGUCUGUGUCAAAUGUGCAUGAGGAAACAUGCUAUGUUGCUUCUGGGGAGGAUGAUGGUUCAAGGAAUUCAACCUGAUGCAUUCACUUUCAAUGCGAUAAUUCAUGCUUAUUGCAAGGAAGGGAAGGUCAGUAUUGCUGCUUGUCUAUUGGGACAAAUGAAUGCAGUGAACUGCCCACGCAACGUAGUUGCGUAUACCAUUCUGAUUUCAGAGCUUUGCAAUCAGGGUAAGCUAUCAAAUGCCAUGGUUUACCUCUUAAAGAUGUUAUAUGAAGGUAUUUGUCCGAAUGAAGCAACAUGGAAUGUGUUGGUUCGUGCAAUUUUUACAAAUAUUGGCACUAUUGGACCAAUUCAUUUGUUUAAGUACAUUGUUGAAGAUUUAUAAGUGUAAAGUCACAGUUCAGUGGUGUUACAGCUUCAAGUUGCCAGCGAAGGGUCAAUCUCACAAGCAGAGAAAUUUGAUUGGUGGAAAAUAUUUAUAUGCAUUACCAUAGCCUUGGAUAAAGUAUGCGCAGCUGGUUACUCUCAAGAACUCUUCGAUCUCAUUACUUAAUGGAGCCCCACCCGAGAUUAAUAGGCGAAGACGACCACCAAGCCUUGCUUUGACCUAAAGCAAGGAAAUAACAACGAAGAGGCAGGUUAUCCCUACUUCACAAAGUUUACCUGCAUUGCUACUAUCCACUGAGGGCAGUUUGAUCCAUAUAUUCCAAUCCGGGAACCCUGAUAUAAGAUCAAGCAUAGGAGCAUAAGUCUCCACAACUCAUGUAAAUGUUUCGAGCUCUCUUCAAAAUAUGCAGAUUCCAAUAAUGAAAGAGAGUCUAGCUCUAUGAUUUGGAGUGGAAGUUUGCUUAAGUUUCUGUUCUUACUGGCUUCACCCCCAGCUGCUGCAAAGCAGAUCCAACUUGCAGGACUUCUUCAUACACUUCCCUGUAUGAUUUCCAUAUGUAUGGCCCUAUCUGUAAGGUACAGAAAACAAUGGAGGAGUUUAUCAUCAGGAAUUUAGAAAACGACAAUAAGACAUGGAGCAGAUAUGGAAGCAUGAUCUUAGCAGCUAUAUGUUGGCAUACCACUCCAUCUUUUACAGGACGCCAUCCGAGCAUCCGAUUAUCUGGGUACUUGCCUGCUGCGACCCUGCAGGAGGAUAAGUGAAAGGAUGAAAACUAAGAUUUUUCUAAGUUGUGGAGUAUUCUUUUAUACUUUGACUUUUCCGUGUAUCUUGUGAUAAUCUGUUGUUUAAAUUUCAUAUCCUGCAUUUGUUGCAUGAAACCAAUAUUUUUAGCAUGUGGAGUAGAUUAUAUGUUACAUGAAAUUACUAGUUGAAAUUUAAAAAUAUUAUACUCAUAUCUUUUGGUGUUACUCUGUACACGUACAGGUUAUGUACUAAGGUGCCAACUAGGUGUGACUUGUUCUCUCCUUGAGGACUGACCGUACACAUGCCUGUUGACACUGGACACGAACAGCUUCACACAUGUGUACCAUGGAGAAAACUAGAAGAAGGCAAUUAUCACAGUGAGAUCUAUGUUGUGAAAGAGCUGAAAGAAACACAAAGAAGAAAGAAGUGAAGUUGUUGAUCCAACCCUGUACCUGAACACGUCCCAUGAUGUUUUCAUGUCAGGCUCAAGUGGCGGGAAUCCAUCCUUUGACAGUGCACUCCUGAACACUGGCCCUACCGCCGGCCGGCCGUCCUUCCUGGGCUUUCCAUCCUCCACCUGAACUGUGAAAACUUUCUUCGUCCCCCCCUCCAUCGACCAAAGUGACCCCCCUACCUUGUACCAUAAUGAAGCUUUCAACAUCAAGUACAUAUCAUGGAGCUACGCAGAUGGAAGUAGCUGUAAGUGCCCUUUUGUGAAUGUAUUCCUUUCUAAUUGGUUUAUUGUUAUCUGUUAUUUCAGGGAAGUUUUUGUUACUAUUUGAUAGAACUUUUGUCUCACUUGCUGUUUUAGACAAGUUUCUUAACAUGUUUAAACGAAUUUACUUUUUUGGAAAAUAAUGGUUAACGGGAAUGCCUUGUGAAGGGAUGGUUGGGUGAUAGUGUCAUAUUGCUGCCUACUUCAAAGCCCCCCCCCCCCACCACCCCCCAAAAAAAAUUAUUAUUAUUAUUUAACCAAUAGUUGUUGGCCUUUUAUGUCUUAACCAAUAGAUUUUGACCUCUCAGAGAUGGCUCGUAAACAUGAUCUAAACGAAUUCAUUAGGUGAAAAGGAUUUGUCCAUUCUCUAAGGAAUCUUUAUCAUGGUCAAGCCCUCACUGUUAGUAGUACUAUUGACCCCACAAGUUGUACUAGCCAAUGGUCUCCAUUAAUCUAGAUCCACCUUUUGAACUAAGUUCCCAAUAGAAAAUAAAAUCUUGUGUUUACAGAGCUAUCUAUAACCGAAGAACUGAUCAACCACUGGGUCACCUUGGAGGACUGCUAGUCCUGAAGCUGACAAGGGUCCAUAAAUUUUUCCAGGUAGGCGGCAGGUAGCCAUUACUCGUCCUAUUCAUUAAUAAAUUCAUGCAAAAUUAUGUAUCGCUGGUUAGUACUAGUGCUGUAUCUGUACUAGUAGAAUUAUUGUUGCGCAUAUUCCUGCAAGGUUAUCAUCGUUUUGUAUGAGUUGGGUGUUCACAAUACUCCCUCCGUCCCAAAAUAUAAGCAUUUUUAGCUAUUAAUUUAGAUUCAUAGCUAAAAAUUACUAUAUUUUGGGACGGAGAUAGUAUACAUUUGUGAGGUAAACAGAAUUGUCACUGGCCUCCAUCUGUUAAGGGUGUCAAUAUCCCAAAUUAAGGGUGAGUUAAGAGACGCACACUAGUGGGUGGGUGCUAUGGCCUAUGGUGGUGUCCAGUGUGCACCUUCAAUACAGUUGAAAAAAAAACCCACUUAAUUUACAGAAAUUAUCUUAAAUAAAAUCAAAAAUAUCAUAACUACUUAAUUUGGACAAAUACCCAAUGAGUUUGUGAUAUACUUUCUAGCUACGCUUUCGCAAAUCAAAUGAUCUCCUCGGUUCUUUGCAUUGUCGUCCUUUCUAGUUGAACUAUAAGCUACUUGAAAUGUAUUUGCAUGAUUGAUGGAAAGGUAUGUUCUGCUGUUCGCCUGCUCCACGAUGGUACAGUUAGCUAAUUACAAAGCAGCCAAAUUGGCUUACAAGUUGAAAUCGUGUUUAAGAUUGCAGUUUAGCAUGCCUAUGAAGUUCCGUCAAUUGGUUCACACUUUUGCAAGAUUCAUUUAUUGGUAUUAAGUAUCAAAGUAUCUUCAGAUCAUCUAAAGUCUUGGGUCAUUUAAUUGUAACAUUUUGUCCUAGGUGUGCUGCAAAGUGAAGAAAUUACAAGAAACAUUCUAAGAAGAGCAUAUUAUCUGAAAUUUAUCAAACCCAUGCUUUUGUAAGCAAAUUUUACUGGCGUGGUAUACAUAUCACAUUCCAGCAAAACUGAUAGCCGGUUUUCAGCUGGAAUGCCAUAGAUGACGGCAAUGGUUAACUAUGAUUUCUGCAUAGUCCUCUAAAGUAAUACCAUUAACUUAGCGAGAAGGACAUGGUGAUAGGUGAACAUUUAUAUGGAAUUAAUUAAUUACAACGGCGGCCGCAAGGUCACGGCACCACCGCACAAUACCAGGAUGGCAAACAUGAUGGGUUCAUACGGAUCCAUUGAAUUGGAAGUGACUAGUGAGAAAGAAAGUACCUCUCUUUUUUAUGAGAAUGGUAAGAGAUCUCUCUGCUUAUUAUUAUAUUGAUGGAUAGAAAAAAUGUGCCAACAAAAUAUUAUAAAACAAAAAGGAAAUAAAAGAUGGAGUUACGGAGGAGAAAUAAAGGAUAAUGUAUCUGAUUGCAGUCAUCCGGCCAAAGAUUUGAAAUGCUUUAACUUAUCCAAUAUUCCAAUUGCAGGCUGCUUGGUGUGAUGCUAUUUGACGGUAUGGUCUGUGUACUGUGUAUGAAAUUCCUUCUGGGGAAUUUGUAGGGCAUACUUGGGAUGUUGCACUGAGCUAGCCGUCAGGGUAACCAAUCGAUUACGGAACAAAAGCAUGUUUCCACAUUCAAGUCAUCUUGAGUAUGCUACAAUGCAAGCAGCAAGAUCUUAUAUAGUUACAUCAUGGAUCCCUGCAGGGUAAGGAACUGCAGAUUUAUGUAAGUACGUACGAGUAGGAUCAUUUAUUCUCCUCACCCACCGGCCUCUGGCUAGAGUUCAAGAGUGUAGGGCCGUUGGCAAAUACUGGUGCAGAGGAGAGCGACAGAAGAACUGAACAAAUAACUUUUUUUAGGAUGGCAAAGCAAAAAAAAAAAUUGCAAUUUCAUAAACUGAAUAACUUUGGACAUUUUUUGUAUAGGUGGGGUAGUUGGAGUCAAUUCCUGUAUGGUUGCAUCCAUAACAAGGACAUGCAAUAGAAGAUGCAGUUGGCCCUUUGCUCCUACCUGAAUCUAAAUGUAAUGCAUGCUGAUGCAUUUCCUCUUCUUUUCUUUUUUUUUUCCUUUUGUUCUUUGUGCUGAUGUUAUGUUACUUUCAUGAAGCAAGAAAGAAAUGGCAUAAUUUACUAUUGUUGGAUAA